CACGUAAAAUUAGAGCUGGAAGUUUAGCGGAUUUUGAGGUUGCAUUCUAAUAAAUAAUCAUCAGUUGCUGUUCGUAUGUUUACCGCAUAUGAAGUUGAAAAACUACAUUAAAAAUCAUUAGUAGAAACUGUAUCCAUUAAAAUGAAAUCUAUUUUAUUCUUAGCUUUGCUUGUUUUACCUUCGAUUUUAUUUAUUAUUGGUGAUGGACAGAAGGUGUUUGCUUAUGCCCAAGAAGAUCCUUUAGAAGAGGAAGCAGAAGUAGAAGGAGAAAACGACAUCGAAGAUGUUGCAACAGCAGGUGAAGAAUAUGAAGAAGAGGAGUCCCAAAGUACAGCGUCACCAGAUGCAGAUACAGCUUUAUUAUUUGUGAGGCCUUUACAAACACCAGGUGUACAGAUGGAAAUCCCAGCUGGUCGACCUGUAGAAUUCCUUAUUGGGUUUAGAAAUAAAGGUAAAGAGGACUUCAUUAUACAUACAGUUGAAGCAUCCUUCCGCUACCCUAUGGAUUUCAAUUUCUACAUUCAGAACUUCUCUGCUCUUGCAUAUAACAAACUUGUAUCCCCUUCUCAAGAAGCUACAGUGGCCUACAGCUUUAUUCCUUCUGAUGCCUUUGCUGGAAGACCAUUUGGUCUUGCCAUUAAUAUGGCAUACCAAGAUGCCAGCGGUAAUACCUUCCAAGAGGCUGUUUUCAAUGAGACUGUAUCAAUUAUAGAAUUAGAAGAAGGUUUAGAUGGAGAAACUUUCUUUUUAUACGUUUUUAUGGCAGCUUGUGUUAUAUUAUUGAUGGUUAUUGGCCAACAUACGUUAUUGUCCGUUGGUCGUAAGCGUACAAAUCGCAAGGCUCCAGUUGAGACCGGCACAACCAAUCCUAAUGAUGUCGACUAUGACUGGCUUCCCAAACAGACUUUGGCAUCCUUUAAUAAGCAACAGAAGUCACCUAAAAGUACAAAAAGUCCUAGACAACGUAAAGCGCAACGCAGUACUGGAUCUGAGUAGAAAUAUUUUGAUUCAUAAAAUGGGUGUGUCAGUUGAGUUUUUGCGAAAACAUUUGUUGAUGCGUUCACAGACUAAAUACUCUUAGUGUUUUUGAUAACACAAACAACUGUGUUCCUUUUUUUUUUAAGGGACGUUGUUACAUUUCCAUUACCCUUUGUACUUCCUUUUUUAAGUGCUGUUAUCAUCGACUUAAAUUGAUUUCGUUUUAAACUGGUAAUUUGAUUAAAUAAAAGCGAACACUUUUUUAUA